UGACGUCAUCAAGUUGACUUCCUUUUUCGACACUCCCUCUCAUUUCCGUGUUGAUGUUUAGCUAAAAUGAACCCCUGAGAAACUGUAAUAAUUGUGAAUAUAAGAGGAGCGGAUUCGUGAUAUAUCUGUCAAUAUCAUCCGCUAUGGCUGGCACUAAUAUUCCCAAAGAUAUUCAAGACAGCAUGCGUGAGGUGCUGGACAAGAAGGUCAAGGUGGCCAUCAAGAGGAUGAUGAAGAUGGAGACCAAGGGAGACAAGACUGAAACCAAAGUCCUCGCCUUCACUGCCUGUCGGUUGUAUGUAAUGGCAGCCAAAGUCCCAUCUAAGAUUGACCUUAGUGUCCAUUACCUGGACAUCCAGAACAUAGAAAGCAAGAAACAAAACCAGCUAUGUUUGACAGUGUCACCCAAGGGAGGAGCGUCUCAGACCUUGACCUUCCACACAUUACAACCUCAGACUGAGGAGGUGGAUCACAUGAUCACACAUAUAGGGACCACACUGAAGGCCAUCUUUCCAACCCAACAGUUAGAGAAAAUGAUCAACAAAAUAGAAGUGACUCCCCCAGACAGAAUAAAAACCAUGUACGACAUGAUCAAAGACAUAGAGGGUCGAGACAGAGGGCCUUGUGGGGGCUUCUCUCAUAUGUAUGCAUGCAUGUGCGACUACCACGAACUGCCUUUCAGGGAUGAAGUGGCCUGGGAUGUAGAUACCAUCUACUUGUCCCAGGAUAGCAAGGAGCUGACACUGUGUGACUUUGACCAUAUAGACAACAGGGAUUUAGUUCCUAUUAUCUCUGCACUGGAGCACAACUCCUGGUUUACCAAGCUGAAUGCUUCCAACACUAAACUGGUCCCUGAAGCUCAAGUAGAAGUACUGAAGGUGAUGAGGAAGAACACAUGUAUAGAAGAGCUGUAUCUUAGCAGUGUGGGCCUGAAAGGUGACUUUGUCCAGAAGCUUUCUGUAGCAAUAAUUGCCAAUAGUGGGACAUCCCUGACCAUGUUAGAUUUGUCAAACAAUCCCAUUGAAGACAGAGGAAUCAAUCACCUGUGUGGACCAGUCAGUAAGCUUCCCAAGGGACUGACUUACCUGAACCUGGCUAAGACCGGGAUGACCGCUAAGGGGGCCAAUCGCCUAGCUGAGGCUCUGAGUUCAAACAAGUUCAUGCCAACCAAUCUCACAUAUCUUCUGUUGGCUGAGAACUCAUUCAAAGGAGAGGAAGUUACAAAUCUUUACAACUUCCUGGCUCAGCCUAAUGCUAUAAUUCAUCUAGACCUGUCAAGCACAGAGGUUGCCCUAGAACUGGUAAUGGGGGCUCUUCUGAGAGGUUGUUGUCAAAACCUGGUCACACUGAACUUGGCACACAACAGCUACAGCUACAAACGCAGCAAGGAUGUGCAAGUGCCUAUUACAUGGAAGCAGUUCUUUGCUAGUGCAAUCUCUCUGAAAUAUCUGAACAUGUCAGACUGCAAGCUGCCUCCAGAGGCUCUCAAGUCUCUACUGUUAGGUAUUGGUGUCAACAAAAAUCUGUCGGAUGUUCAUUUAGACCUCAGCUGCAAUGAUUUACGCUCCCCUGGUGCUACCAUGAUAGAGAGCUGUAUAGCAGACAUUCCAAAUAUUACUAGCCUAGAUAUCAGUGAUAACAAUUUUGACCAAGACAUAGAGAGAGUUUGCCGCUGGAUUCAAAGGAACCGUAGCAUAAAACAUUUGGCUAUUGGGAAGAACUUCAACAGUGUGAAGCCAAAAUAUAUGCACCAGGUGCUGGACUCUGUGGUGCAAGUCAUACAGGAAGAAGAAUCACCAAUAGAAAGUCUUUCUCUGGCAGACUCCAAACUCAAGCUAGAUACAGCAGUCAUUAUCAAUGCCUUGGGCAGCAACAGCACCCUCAAGACACUGGAUAUCAGUGGCAACAAUAUGGGUGACUUUGGUGCCAGGAUGUUGGCCAAAGCACUACAGAUCAACACUAAGCUGACGGCUUUAGUCUGGGACAAGAACAACACAACUGUGCAAGGAUUUGAAGACAUAGCAGCUGCUUUGCAAAAGAACUACACAGUACGUAAGAUGCCUGCUCCUUUCCAUGAUGCAGCAGCUGCUCUGAAGGUCACACCAGACAGAACAGAAAAAGCACUGCAGACUAUCGAAAGACUCUUGCAGAGAAAUCAUAGUCCUAGGAAAUUUGCCAGUGAACAGGCUUUCAGACUGCAGCAGGGAUUUCUCAUCAGUUCUACACAGCAGAUGGUGGACAAGCUAGUGGUGCACCUGCAGGAUACCAUCAAUGCCCUGAACAUGAGUUCUAGUGAUGAGUUUAGGGCGGACAUUGAGAGUGGACAGCAGUACAUCACUGAUGCUGACAACUCUAAACAGCUUCUCCCAAAGCUCCAAGAGAUAGCUCUGAGUCAAGAAGCAGAGGGGAACCCAGUCCAGGCCAAACUGCAGUCUAUAACACAGGAACUGGGAGAUCUGGUGGAGGAGCAGAUGAAGGGUACAGUCACUGAGAUGUUGAGCUCUGCCAAGGAGCAGUGUCCUGGGGUGUUAGACAGUGAGACAGUGAAGGAAGAGCUGGAGGAGGGGAGCACAGAGAGGAGCCAGUUCCCCAAAGAUUUCACCAAGAUUCUUAUCAUGGACCAAGUGGGAACAGAUGUCCUCAAUAAAAUAAGUGAACUGAACCUGUCAGUGGCAGCCUACAUCUCUGACAGGAUGGUGGACCAAGUGAUAGAAGCAUUGGGAACAACUCAGAAAACAUUGACCAAUCAUUUGAAUACACGGAAGAGCCUGCAGAGGGCGCUGCCUGAGAAGGUCCAGCAAGAGGAGAAGCAGGAUGGAGAGAGCAGCGAGAAGGAACAGUUUACCAUUGACAGGGAAGAGAAAGAGAAACCUUCGCCUGGGCUUCUGUUAUUUCCCACAUGGCCAGCGUGGGGUGACUCUCCCAAGGUCCGAAGCAAAAGGCAGAGCAUGUACAUGAGGAAGAUGAGACCUCAGUCUGUUGUAGAAAUUAAAUUGGAUUCCCCAGAGAAGGAUACUUUGGAUGGUCCCAUGUCUAAGAGUACACCUGAACCCAUUCAGGAGGACAGUAAGGAGAGGGGAGAGGAUGUUGAUAUCAUAGGUGAUCUUCCUAGUCUACCUGGCCAAAAAUUGGAACAUCUGAAUAAGGCUCGACCAAAACGAUUCAAGACGCGUGCAGCUACACGCCCCAUGAAGGUGCCCUCAGUAAUAGAAACUGUUGAGGAUGAACUGAGUACGGAAUCUGUUGAUGGCUUUUUUGAGGCAAAGCCGGUUUCUAAGGAACAUGCUGCUGCCCAUUCGAAAGAACCAGUGAAACCUACACCACAGAUGGAUAAGAAUGAUGAGACAAGGGAAAGUGGCAGCAAGAAAAAAGGAUGGUCAAGAUUUGGCAGUAAAGACAAAGAGCACAAAGACAAAGAACACAAAGAGAAGGAAAAAGAAAAGAAGGAAAAGGGUGGAUUUGCUGCUGGUUUUAAGGCAGGCUUGAGCAGCCUGUGGUCCAAGGGCUCUUCGGGGACGAGGAGUCCAGAAGCACAUCGCAAAAAUGAGAAGUCCCACACAGAGCAGCCGUCUGUGGAGGCAGCACGGCAGCCAUCUUUAAAAUCUUCCACUGUGCCAGAGCACACAAAAUCUAGAUCACCCUCAAGGAGAACUGAGGAUUUGAAGAAAAGUGACUCCCUUGAAAAGUUACCCAAGAAAGAUUCUGUUGAGCGUGGUAGCACAAAGACUUCUUCCCUUGAAAGAUCCCUAGAAACAAGCAGCCUGAAGUCUGGAUCUUUAGAGAAGCAUAAUGAGGCAAGUGUGGUAGAGAAACCACCUGAGAAAUCGAUAGAAAGGGAAAGAGCAGGGUCCUUGGAGAAGUCCAUGAAGACAAUUUCCUCGGAGAAAAAUCACGUGCCUACCUCGGCUACUGAAGUCCCCAAGACUGUCCCCAAAGUAGAGGAGGAAAAUAUAGAGGGUGAAGAGAAAGAACAAGACAAGAAAGAAGAAGAAUCCAAGUCAGAGGAGCCAGAGGAGCCCGCUGAGGCUCCAGCCCCCGUGAAGAAACCCAUGGUGCCCAAGUUUGGGAUGGGGUUUGGGGGUGGGAUCUUGUCAGAGAUGAAGGCCAAGAGGGAAUCAAAAAUGGCCAAGCCCCCACCAUCAGAAGACAAACCCAAAGAUGCUAAGGAGGCCCCACAGCCUGUUCCAGCGCCAAGAACACGAUCAGCAGCACGUGCGUCGCGUCUGGCUGCAGAAAAGAAUGCCGAGGAAGCUGCCUCUGAAGCCAAAUCUCCAGCACAUCCAGCAACAACAGUACCAGCAACAUCAACAGCAGCAACAACUGCACCAUCAUCAUCGACAGCAGCAGUAACAACUACUACGACAACAACAACAACAACUACGACAUCUGUCAGGGAGGAGACAACCCCAGCUGUUAAAAUGUCUGCUCAACAAUCUCCUGUGAAGGUGCCGUCUACCCCAUCGCCAGCGAAGGCAGAGAGCAGUUCCUCCAAACCACACCCCACAGCUGUGAAAGCAGAAAAAGACAGCACAGAUGGACCCUCCCCGAAGCAACCAAUGAAACCAAAGCCUUUACUUCGCCCCAAACCUCCCCCAGUCGCACCUAAACCCAAACCUAAGCCCCGCCCUAAGGCAGGUUCCAUGACUCCAGAAGGGAGCCCAGCAGGAAAAGAUGCUUCUGGCACCAAGGAAGAGGAGUCGACCUCCCGCCCAUCCAGCAUGUUAGAAGACAUUGAGGACCACGCUGAGAAUUCUGAAGAAUCUCCAGGAAAAGAUCAGACACUAGGUGGCAGCAGCAGCACAGAGGACCUGGCAGACAAGACAGGACACAGCUCUGAGGAAUCUUUACCCACAGAUGUGAUAGCACGCUCGCGCUCCCUUCACGGCAACUUGGCAUCCACACCUGCUGCUGAGCGUCAGCAAAAAACCCGCAGUUUGUUCAGUGCUCUUUCCAAGGAGAUGGAAUCCCAGUUUCAGAAGAAAGAGGACCAGCCACAUGCAUUCAAAGGACGGAACUCUGGUGCAAAUGAUGCUGUGGCAACACAGGAGGAGAGUUCUGCUCUUAAUCUAGGUGGCAACUCUAAACAAGACAAGCCGAGUGGAGCCACCAUUGACGACAAGCCAAGUGGGAAUGUUGUGCCUGAAGAUAGCUCUCUAAAACAAAAACAACAACAACAAGAGCACAUUUCUGAUUUAAAGGCAGAAAAAUCUGAUAAAUCAGAAGAGCAUGUUACGCCUCCGCCAUUUGACGGGAAAACAAGUGAAGGGGGAGCAUCGACCGAUGAGUUUGAGUUUGUAGAUGAAGAAGAUGUGGUGAUGGUGUAAGUGUUGGAAUCAGAGUGAGGUGAACCCUGGAACUUUCCUCCACCUCCUUCUUAUCAUCAUUUUGCCCAUUUUUCCACGAAAUCAUGACCAAAAAGGACAACAUUCUCAUCCCCAAAUCAACCAAUAAAAAUAAUUACCAGCAUGGCCAUAAAGGUAUAUGAAAACCAUUUCCUCUGUAUCUAGGGAUUACAAAUUUUGUAUUGAAAACAAUGUCUCUGUGGCUGAUAAUAUUUGUUAUAUCCAUCAUAUUGCUUUUCAUAUUAUUUAUAAAAGACAAAGGUAUUAUCUAGUAUUUCAAUCAACAGAUUUCAUAUUUAUUGUAAUUAGAAGAAAGAUAAGCAUGAUGUGCAUCGUCUUGUAGAAAUAAAAGUAAGUGGUUGAUAUGCUAUAGGUUAAGGUUUAUAAUCGGGCAUACAAUUCAAAGGUACCAUGUAUAGAUAUAAAGUAUAGCCAAUUGUAUCAUUGUUCAUUAUGUUUAUAAUGCCUGUUUUUACUUGGCUGUGCACAGAGCAAAGGUUUCUCAUGGCGUGCUUACACAAGAUCAUAGAAGGGGAUUGGACUGUUCUGGUCCCUGUGGUGUCCCCCUAUGUAAACUAAUCAUUGGCGAUGUCACUUGGUAUAUUCAGGUUUAAUUUGGUCAUGAUGUUGAUGCACCCACAAAUAUUAAACACAAUGUAAAAUCUUUACAGACCACUUAAUUUUUUUUUAAUUCACUGAGAAAGCUUGGCAACUGAUGACCAGGUGAUAUUUUACAGGGUGAUAUUUCAAAUAUUCAGAUUGUUAUCUUCUACUUGCCUUAUUGAAAGUUAUAUUUUAUGAGAUGGAUAUGAAAUACAGGGAUAGUUUUGUCAAUAUAAGAUUUGCCAGUCUUUACACAGGAUGCUUUCAAUAGUUUUACAAAAAUCAGGUCCCAGCUACUGAGAGUAAUUUUUCAGUAGUUUGUGUUUUUCACAUGAUAUUUAAGAGUUGAUGAAAUGGUGUAUCAAGGUUGCAGUCCCAUUUAUUUUUAAUUUAUUUUAGUUAUUUAUUUGAUUAUUUAUUUAUACUGGUAAAUAUGGGAUUUGUUUGUAUAUGUGAUAUCAUUAACAACACGAUGAACUGAUUUCAGCAUCAAUAUUGUUUCAGAAGGUAUCAAUGUUGCAAUCAACAUAUGCAAUGUGUUUUCAAAAAAGUUUCAAUCAAUUAAUUAAUAAAAGUUUAAUUAGUGUUCUGUGAUGGUUGUCAGAAAUACUGUAUAACGAUGAAUUAAAAAAAGGUUGUAUAAUUGCUUUAACUAUAUUAUAACUCACUGGAAUUUUGCAAAAAAAACAUUGUUUAUUUGAAUUUGACUGAAAAUUAUUGAAAAUCACACUCAUCUGACUGUUGAAUUGAGAGUCUGCUGACAUUGUCAUUUUUUUAUUAGUCAACAUUGUUUCUAUAGGUGAUAAAAAUUGCUUUCCUUUAGCCAAAAUGACCAAAGUUAUUUGGAUGUUUUUUAUACAAAUGUGCAUCACAGAAUUGUUCACUUUGUAGAUAAUCACGAUUGCUAUACUUUGACAUACCCAAGAAUACCAAAUUUUCCUUUUACUACUUAUGCUCACUAGCAAUCACACAUGUAAAUAAUACGAUAAACAGUAGCUUAUAGAUUAAUAUAAACUGGUAUCAAAUUGACUGCAGUCCUGCUUCUUUGUUUGUACAUUAGAUGGUUGUAAUCAUUUAUUAUUAUUAUUAUUAUUAUUAUUAUUAUUAUUAAAACUGUACAUGCUUGUAACUGUAGUGACUGGUAACACUUAGAUAUGUCACAGUGGCAAGCCCAACUCACACAGUGAGACAGUUCCUCAGCUACCUGUUGUGAGAUGAUUGAGCUUGUAGCUCAGCAAGACCAAGUCUUUUCAAAGCUUAUUACUUAAAUACAAUGAGGGAUAAAAGUUAACAAGAUAAUAUAGGCUUAAUGGAUGAUUAAUUACUGUUUAAUUGGUUAUGUGUAAAAUAUAUAUGAUAAGCAAGGUUAACAGCUGCUGCUUGUCCCUAAAUGUAGUGGUGAUCAUGGAGUAAUAUUAUGUAUAACAGAAUGUUUGUAAAUAUAUGAUUUAAAAAUAAUACUUUUUAAAAGAAAAGCCAAUCCUUGAAUAUCCCUCAGUGUUGCAAGCUGUAGGUCUUCAUAAGCUACAGUAUCUUUGUAUGACAGCCUUACUUAGUCAAAACAUUCCGAUGAUUUGCUGUAUUUACAGAUGUACAGUUAGAAUUAGACAUUGUUAGCAGGUGAGCUGAAGUUUGGUCCAAAACUGUAUGCGGUCUUUCCAGUGGACUAAAUAAUUUGAGAAAAAAUCAAGGCCGGAGUAUAAUUAAUACAUAGAAAAUCUAUGUAGGUCACUGGCCCAGUAAAUGUGUCGCUGUAAUCAGGACGUCUGGAAACGCGAGUUGUGGUGUAUGUUAGUCUGGGUGCAUGUGACCACGCUCUUGACUGCACUGGUAGUUCCAGUUUGGGAGAGUUGAACCUUAAUGUCAGAUACACGUAUAUAAAUAUAUGCAUAUGGUCAAUAAAUCAGGAUUUACUUAAACAUUGUAAGAAGUAUUGUGCUUAUCGAAUAGCUUGGGGAGCUCACUCGGUGUUUGCCGGCUUUUCUCCAGCCCUGGCUUUAUUCAUCAUGGAUCUGCA